CGCAACAUUCAACAGUUCUCCAUGAUGAUUUUACUCACAGACGGAAAGCCCCUUAAAACUCAUCUCAGAACACUCAGUGUUUUGGUUUUCCUUCUUCUCCUAACAAACCACUGUAGAGGUCAGUCUCAGCUGAUUGGCUCACCUCAGCCAAUCGUAGCAAACCUUGGUGAUGACAUCAUUUUGCCGUGUUAUCUGGAGCCGGCGGUAAAUGCUGCUGGUUUGACGUUGGAGUGGACGAGGCCCGACAUGGACCCCAGAUUCGUCCAUGUGAUGCGUUCUGGUCACGAACUUGUGGAUAAAAAACACCAAUUAUUCAAGGGAAGAACUUCAAUGUUCACCGAUGAGCUGAAGAACGGAAACAUUUCCAUGAAACUCUCCAACUUACAACACUCUGACCAGGGGAAAUACAGAUGUUUCAUUCCAGCGCUGGGCAGGCAAGCGUUUGUUCAACUGGUUUUUGCAUCAGGUCCUGCCUCUCCACCUCUCAUCAGUUUAUCAGGGCUGGACGGUCAGAGUGGAGGAGUGGUGCUGCAGUGUGAGUCUGCAGGCUGGUAUCCGGAGCCUGAGGUGUUGUGGCUGGACGCUGAGGGAAAGCUCCUCUCUGCUGGACCUCCAGAGACAGUCAGAGGUCCUGAUGACCUCUAUACUGUCAGCAGCAGAGUGACUGUGGAGAAGAGACCCAGCAGCAGCUUCACCUGCAGAGUGCAGCACCACAACACCAACCACACCACUCAGACACACUUCAGCAUUUCAGAUGAUUUCUUUAAGCUCCAGUCCAGGUCUUCUUCCAUCAAUAUUGGUCUGGCCGUCAGUUUGGCUGUUUGCAUUCUGUUGAUGCUGGCAGUUUCUUUCUUCUUUUUGUGGAGAGAACACAUAUUCAAGACAAAGAGAAAGAGUUUGGAUGAAGUUGAUAAAGGAGAAAAGAAGAACCGAUCUAAAUCUAAAGAUCAGUUUCUCAAUGAAGAAGAAAGAGGACAGCUGAUGAAACCUGACGCUGUGCAUAUGGAGGCUUUGAAGGGAAACGUAGAGAAUAAGAGCAAACCGAAAAAUCAAUCUGAGCAGCAGCUGCUUGAGGAGCAGAGGAGGAGAGAGGAAGCUGAGAAGGAAGUCCAGACUCUGAAAGAGGAGCAGAGGAGGAGAGAGGAAGCUGAGAAGGAAGUCCAGACUCUGAAAGAGGAGCAGAGGAGGAGAGAGGAAGCUGAGAAGGAAGUCCAGACUCUGAAAGAGGAGGAGAGGAGGAGAGAGGAAGCUGAGAAGGAAGUCCAGACUCUGAAAGAGGAGCAGAGGAGGAGAGAGGAAGCUGAGAAGGAAGUCCAGACUCUGAAAGAGGAGCAGAGGAGGAGAGAGGAAGCUGAGAAGGAAGUCCAGACUCUGAAAGAGGAGCAGAGGAGGAGAGAGGAAGCUGAGAAGGAAGUCCAGACUCUGAAAGAGCAGCUGCAGAACAAGAAGAAAGAGGUUGAAUCUAAAGAGUCUGAGCUGCAGGAUCUCCAUGCAGAGAAACAGAGGAACCAGAACGAGCUGCAGAGCCUGAAGGGAGAUCUGCUGAACAAGAACAGAGAGGUUCACGUCUUCAUCUUUGAACUUUAUUUUUCAUAUGAAUAGAGAGAUAGACAUUGGGUUCAUUGAC